CUGACCUCGGCGUGGGGAAGGAAGGUCGCGGAGCGGCUCGUCUGGAGAGCCGGGCGUCGGCCCGGCCGGCGUUCGCUCGCGAAGGGCGGAUCCUGCGUGACAGGGGAGCUGUGCGCGUGGGCUGCGCUCCUACGUGGAGAGCGCCCUCAGAUUGCGGGUGGCGCCAAGCUGGGAGGAAAUGUCGAUCUGCUGGGGCAGCUGAAAAUGGAGCAACAGGUGUUGAACUGGAUCUUGAAUUUACUGCAGACGGUGUUCCAAUCCUAAUGCAUGAUGAAACAGUAGAAAGGACAACUGAUGGGUCUGGAAGAUUGUGUGACCUGACUUUUGAUGAAAUUAGGAAGCUUAAUCCAUCUGCAAAACACAGGCUGUGGAGCAAAUUCCAGAAUGAAAAGGUACCAACUCUGAGAGAAGCUGUAGUGGAGUCUUUGCAGCACAAUCUUACAAUCUACUUUGAUGUCAAAGGCCAUGCAAAUCAGGCAGUUGAUGCCCUAAAACAACUCUACCUGGAAUUUCCUCGUUUGUAUAACAGCAGCAUAGUCUGUUCUUUCAUGCCAGAUGUUGUUUAUAAGAUGAGACAAGCUGACAGAAACGUGGUAACAGCUCUAACAUACAGACCUUGGCAGCUGAGUCACUUCGGAGAUGGGACACCUCGCUUCAGUUCCUUCUGGAAACAUUAUUUCUAUAUGAUGUUGGAUGUCAUUCUAGAUUGGAGCCUACACAGCUUCUUGUGGCGAUUAUGUGGGGUUUCAGCUUUUCUCAUCCAGAAAAAUUUUAUUUCUCAAGAUUAUGUGAGGCACUGGUCCUCAAAAGGAAUUCAAGUGGUUGCCUGGACAGUGAACACAUUUGCAGAAAAAAUGUACUACGAAACCAUCCUUGAAUCCAGCUACAUCACAGACAGCUUGGUGGAAGACUGUGAUCCUCAUUACUAGGCCUUCUUGGGACUCACCAACUAACAGAAGCUGUCUUACUCAGGUGUGAUUUACCAACAAAAGCAAACUGACUCUUCCUUUGCUUUGUUUAGUCCUGGUUAUAAAGUCAUAUCAGCCAUUCUUGAUGACGUACUGAACAGUCAUCAUCCUUGAUUCUAAUACUUGAAAGUUUGUUCUAUCACUGUAAUAAUUUGAGAUUAUUUAUGGUAUCUUAAAAGCAUCUACAUUACUGUUCUGAGAACAGUGGCAAAAUAUGGUGCCAAAAUAGAGGGCAGGUAUAUCUCCCUCCUCCUUCAUGGAGAGAUGGCUGUGCUGCAUCUUGUAGAAAGUGCAGUCAUGUUUUGGUAGGGCAAGUCCUUGUGCUACUCAGUUGUUGCAGUCACUGAUUCCUUAUUUGGGCACUGCUGUGUUCCAGCUGAUGUGCCACACAAUACUCUGAGCACUUUGUGUUAUGCUGUAGGAAACCUGCAUUUAGCAGCAACAGAACAGCAGAUUGCACGGAUCACUGGUGCAGGUCAGUACACUGCUUUGUAUAAAUGUUCUUGAUAGUGCUCCUCAAUUAGAAUUAGAAUUAUAUAUCAGAGUUAGCUGAUAUUUAAAACCAACUUUAAGAGGCAAAUGAUACUUAAAUAAAAUAAUCAGUUGUAAGUGAAAAGAACUGUGACAAUUGUCACAAUGAAGUUCAGACUCCUAAACUAGUGGUAGAUCAACUGCAUCUUCUUCAUGUAGUGCAACAGUACUCAAAUGUGCAACCUGCCUGGCACGUGCUAUUUGUAGCUUUCCAGUCUGGUUACAAAAACACUUCUGUUUGUUUCAAAUUCUGUGAGAUGUUCUGAGGUGAGGGCACGUGCUCUCUCCUGGAUGAUAGCAGCAGAGGCACUUAAUACCACAGUGAUGAGAAGAUCAAAUACAUUCUGGAAAUAGCCUCAUACCCUAACCCCAGUUAGGAAUAGAGCUGCUCCAGGUGCUGCCACAUGGACAGUGGCAACAGCAUUCCAGUGUUUUGGGUUUUGUUUUGUUUUUUUCCAAACAAAUCUUUGUUCUCUCAGAGAAAUGCAAGCAUCAUUAGCCAAUUGCAAGCUUCUACAAUCGGCUUCUGCAUGCUGGGGUGGCUUUUUUCUUUUUAUCUUGAACUACACAUAAGCACAAAGAAACAUGGGAGUAAGGGCAUGUAAUGCUAUAAUGUGAUGGAAAGUACAGCAAUGACAGCAUAGUAGCAAAGUCCUAGGCUGCAGCAAGUGAGGAUAUGCUCAGUGCAGCAGCCAUGGACACAGAAACAAAGGAAAGAAGCUGCUUACCCUUGGAAGGCCUCAGGUAGCAGGAAUUGCCAGUGAGAUAUCCUUGCCUCCACUGCCAAUCCUUAAAUGAGGUCUGGGAAGGCAUGGAUCCUGGCUCCACCCCUUCCAGUCACUGGUGUGCACUGCACACACCUGAGCUCCCAUGCCUUGGCCCUGCCUUCCCACCAGGUGCACCAUCCCUGGUUCAGGCUGUGACUUACCAUUUCUGCUACAGGGGGCAUGCUGAAUUCCCUGAUGUAUUUUUCCUAUCACAUCAUUCAUCCACUACGUACUGCAAAACCAACAAUCUCAGUCUUCUGCUUUACAUGCUGUAUGAUCUGUACAUUUGUCACGCCUCCAUCAAGUUUGCGGCCAGCCCUGAGUGCCAAUCUUUAUGUUUACUGCUGCGUUCUGCAGUUAUUCUCUGGGCUCUGCUCAGAAGAGCUGCCUUCACAGCAAGGAAUCCUUUCUCUAAAGGUCUCUUCUUCUUGUUGCUGCUUGGGUUGCUGGCACAGUGGAGUUACUGUCUUUGCUGCCUGUACUAUUCACAGCCAGACUCCACAGCUAUGCAUGCACAAACAGAAUAAAAUUCCAUCUCUGGUCUUGAGCGUA